AUGCAGAGCUUUGAUUAUCGAACAAAUAAUCCAUAUUACGGACAUACCGAAUUUUUUAAUAACGAUUAUUUACCGUUCAGUCAUUUUUCAUGUAAUAAAAAUAACUUACAAGACUCUCGGAGACUUCGAAAUUUUGUGAAACGUGGAAAUUUUAAUGACUAUUAUUGCUAUCAGCGUAAGGAUAUGUAUAAUUGUCGAUCAAUGUUUUCUGAACGCCGAAAAUAUCAACAAAGUGAUGAAGAUACAACAUCAAUACCAGUUGUGAGAAAUGUGUCAAAAUCAUCACAACCGAAUAUAAUUAAUAAUAAUAAUAAGAAAAAAGAGUCAGAAGUGGUUAAUGAAGACAAGAAGAAAAAAGAGGAUUUAAAUUUGAAACAAAUACAACCAAAAGAAGGAGCAAUGAAAUUAUGGAUAUCAUCGGAAAGCGAUAAUGAUAAUAAUAAUAAAGUCACUGUUCUAUCCGAUCCAAAUUCAAAUAAUGAUGAUUCACAUUCAUCAGUGAUACCAAGUGACAAUACGAGAAAUAGCAGCGUGGAAGAUGGUACAACAUCGGAUACAAAAAUUAAUCGAUCACCACCGGUAAAUCGUCGACGAACAAAACGUUUGCUAAAUAAAAAACAAGAUGGAAUCGUAAGCGAUGGUAGUGAUGAACAAAAAACAUGUAAAAGUAAAAAUUCAAAGGACAAUAGAGCUCUUAGUCAUUUUCGAAAACCGCUUGUCAAUAGAUGUUUUACAGAUUCUUAUUAUAAUUAUGAGCCUAGUAGCUAUUAUCCAUAUAACUAUAAUUUGCGACCGAAUAGUUUUUACAAUGAUUAUUGGUAUAAUUAUGAUAGAUAUAAUCGUAGACAACAAUCUAGACGAAAACUUAAUGUUGAAAAAAUGGAAACAAGAAGUAAUGAGAAAAAUAAUAAUCAAAAACUGAUGGACAACUUUGAUAAUGCUAAUGAGGAUAACCAACGUCGAACAAAGAAUCAAUUAGAUGAACCUAAAUGGUUAUGUUUUACACGAAAACAACGAAAAUUUUCCUAUAAUCAAGCACCACCCUUCUGUUAUGGAGUUUACAAUGAUUAUCGAAGAAAAUUUGAAAAUCAUUCGACACGAUUCUGUUAUGACAAUAAUCAAUAUGAAAAACGAUUCAAGAAUCGUGAUGAUAAUCAUCAGCUUUAUCCAUACCGUGACAAUUAUCAAUUUCACUCAGUAUUGUACAAUGGUACAACCACGAACAAUGAGAAUAUUGAACAACAUCCGAUUAGUGAUUUAAAAAACUGGAAUCUAGUCUCUGUGCCAUUAACCCAUUCGAGAAUAAUCGAUAGUAAAAAAUCAUUGGGUAAAGAGAAAGUGAUACAAACAAAUCGAACAUUAAGAGCGAUGGCUCCCCCAUUUUAUCAGCAAACUGUUCAUUCAAAUGUUGAUGCACCCCCAUCAUUUAAUACAUCAACAAAUAAUUAUCAUAAUACAAUCCAAACUCAAGCGAAUAUUAAUCAUUCAUCUGCAACCACUACAUAUCCUAUUGAAACAUCGAAUAUUCUUGAUCGACAACAAUUUUAUUACCCAAAUGUAUCGAAUAAUCGAUUUUACUCCUAUCCGUACGAAAAUAACGGAACCGUCUAUUUUGAUAAUUAUCAAUAUCCAAUUGUAAAUCGUCCAACAGAUAUUAAUACUAUACCGGAAAAAACUAUUGAACAACAAGAAUCAACAUUUGACAAUUCUUAUUAUCAUGAGAAUACAUAUGGAUAUUAUCUCAUGAAUCCGACAGCUCUUUCAACAAUUACAACACAAACAGGUUCUAACGAUGCUAAUGGUGAAACAAUACAAGAUUAUGAGACACGGGUUAUUAAUGUAACGGAUAAUCGUCAAGAUCUAACAUAUCCUCUUGAAAUUUCUUUAAAAACAAAUAAAUAUGUGUCAAUUGACAAGACAAGUGGGGAGUGUGUACAAGAGGAUAUUCAAAAAACGUAUGAGUGUCCAAUUUCCACCGUUAAAUCUCAACAACAGUACAAACACUAUCAACAACAAGAUAAAACCUCUCAACCACUACUGUCACUGCAACAAUCAAAUCCAAAUGUACAUGUUCCCUUAUCGUUUAAUAAAUCAAAAAAUAAUCCAACUGUACAACAGAUCUUUAUGAAUCAAUUAACGCAACAACAACAAAUACCAAUAGUCACUCUAGAUGUAACUAAUACAUUUAAAAAUAAUCCGUUAUUACUUUCACCAUGGCAUCAACGUUUAUUAUUUAAUGCUGCAUAUACUGCUGCCUUCCAGAAUUUGUCAAUAACAAAUUCUAUAUAUUCUCCAAAACCACAAACCACCAUAUCUAACGUUUUUUCUCCUCAGAAAAAACAACCAACAGAAGAAUGA